AUGUUUUGUAACGAGUUGGAAGUCAUCACUGCCAUCCUGCUGAUCUCCCGGUUACUGCGAGUCAGCAGUGCUGACUCCCGAGCUCCUGAGCUCCUGAUUGCGUCGCCCCUUCGAUUUGGAACGCGAGACAAGUCCAAGCCUCGCUUGGGUGUUCAACUUGGAACCGGACCUGUGCCAAUUGCUAACCCUCCAGCCAUGUCUAACAGAGCCAUGGGUGCCACUUUACUCGCCGGAGUCCACUUUGCCUCGAGCACUCGGUCUUCCCGUCCGCUUCAUGACGACUAUCUCCACCUCUCGAUUUGA